UUUUAUCAAUUUAAUUUUUUAUAUAUUAUUAAAGGAAGGAAAAUAUUCUUUAUCUUUUAAAAUUAAAAUUAUGGGCCCAUAUGCCACGUGUCGUAGUUCUAUUCGUAAUUUUUGUCAAAAUAAGGAGUGUGCAUUACACGCACAAUAUUUGUAAAGAUAAUUAUUAUUUUAUGUUUGAUAGGUAAAUAUUUAUUAAUAUUAAAAUGUCUAAUUGAUAAGAGUCUCAGUUGAGGUGUCUAAAUGAAUUAUGCGGACAACUUUAAGGGCUAUCGAUGAUUGGGCCAUUAAAUUAAGCCUCUUGAACAAGAAUAGUAGGGGACACGUGGAAGCCAUUCAGGAACGAUAGCACAAAAAUUCCAUUCACUUGAGCUGUGACUUGAGUUCAUCAAACAUUCAUUCUGCAAUAGGGUGCGGUCCCCACAAUAUACUCUGCAAAAUGCAAUCGCAAUCGCUUCUGUUAUGGCGGGUAUACUCUACAGUAUAUACAGACGCACAGGCACAAAACACACACACUUUCACCUUUCUCACUUUGCAUAUGAUCUCCCUCUCUCUCUCCAACUAUAUAUACAAAACCUUCUAGCUUCAAGUACUCUGCAAAAUCAGUGCUGAAAUUUCCUUCUUCACGACGGCAAUAUGUUCUACUCUCAUCAGCUUCUUGCUCGCAAAGCUCCGCUCGGCCAAAUAUGGAUGGCGGCCACUCUGCACUCAAAACUCAAUAGGAAAAAGCUUAGUAAACUCAAUAUUAUUAACAUCUGUGAACAAAUCUUAAAUCCAUCAGUCCCGAUGGCUCUGAGGCUUUCUGGAAUUCUCAUGGGUGGAGUAGUCAUUGUUUACGAACACAAAGUGAAACUCCUAUACGAGGAUGUGACUCGUCUCAUGGUGCAAAUCAAUGAAGCUUGGAAAGUCAAAGCAGCUACCGAUCCUACGUUACUUCCCAAGGGUAAAUCGCAAGCCAAGUAUGCAGCUAUUACUCUGCCAGAGAAUCGGGAGGAAGAACUCCCAGAGAUUGAACAGACAUUACGGAAUCCAGACACAGUCACAAUGAUGGAUUUCGAACAAACCUCCUAUUUCACGAUGAGACUAGAUAAUGCUGAUCUCUAUGAUAAACCCAAUGCACAGGAGGAACCUGCUAAGGACUUGCAUCAAGUUGAUCCAGAUAAUAUCACCCUCGCUGAACGCUUUGAAUCCCAUCAUACAGAUAUGUUCAAUCAUUUUGAGAGGUUUGAUAUUGAAGGGGAUGAAGAAACACAAAUGAAUUAUACCCAGCCAGAGGAUGCUCAAAUCCCAAGUACUCCUGUGCAAUCUCCACCUCGAGAACAAGCCCAUCAACCUGAUGAGAUCCCUGACAGACAUCCAGAGGACCAAGUGAAGCAACAAUCUGAUGAAGUUAAAGAAGCUUUUGAGCAGCGGCAGGAUCAACAAAGGCCAAAGCCAGCUCGACGAAGAACAAGAAAGGCCACAAGUCUUGCAAUUGAUCAUGAGCAAACUAUUAUUUCUGGUGACAUAUAUCAAUCCUGGCUUCAGAGUUCUUCAGAUAUUGCAUCAAGAAAAAGGAAAAAGAGAAAGACUUUGAGUGUCUUACCUUCUAUGAAGAUAGCCAGAAUGAUGGAAAUGCCUCCUAUUGCACUACUAGAAGGAUUGUUCACAAAUGGAAAUAAGGAAGUUCACUAUCCAGCACCACUCCUAAAAUUAUGGAUGAGGAAUACCCAACCUCCGCAUGAUUCACCUUCCGGAAAAACCUCUCCACCCUUUCCUCCUGAACCAUCCUAUACAUCUCCAGGUGAAAGGAUGGGUAAUUUGGAACCGCCUUUCGAAUAUUUCCAAGGCGGUGUAGGCUCCCCAGCAGUAGGAAUCUCUAUAGAAAAACAAAGGGCAAAUCUCAACAAUAACAAGAUUCCACCUGAAAUUCUCAUGGAGGACCUCAGAACCAAUCUUACAAAUAUGGGACUGCAUCCAACAGAGACUAAUGGAGUGAAAGAGACUGAUCACAUGGCCACACCUGGCUCUGGUGAUGAGCCUAGAUCCAUUCCAAGCUCAGGAUCUGGUCAUGGUUUACUAUCACAGAAUUCUGUAACCGAUUCAAGUCGGUCCAACAAGAAAAGACCCCAUUCUUCAUUGAAGCACAGUGGCAAUGGUCUUCAACCAGUAGCAGAAGAGAACCCAUGGCACGACCCCACUCUAAAUUUCAAGUUGACUAGAUUAUCUGAACUAUCUGAAAAUGGUUUUACACAAGACAACGAGAUAUUGAUGGAAACCGGACCAACACAAACCCAACAUCCAUUCAUUACUCAACCUCUUGACAUGAUGACUGACUCUAUCAGGAUACAGCUAAAGAGUCAUUUUGACACUCCCGGAUCGGCAGAAGCAGAAUGUUUGAAUGAACUAACUCUUGGAAUGACAAAGAAACAAGCAGCAUGUCUUUUUUAUCAGACUUGUGUUCUGGCCACUCGAGACUUUGUUAAAGUCGAACAGGAGCUUCCAUAUGGAAACAUCCUCAUUUCCAGAGGUGCAAAGAUGUAACAACGGAUAAAUCUAGUAGAUGCUAAAUCCUCACAAGUCUUAUAGAUUCAUCUAUUGUUAUAGCUGAUACAAAUUUAUUUUUCGGUUAAGGUAUUGGAGAAUUGAGGCACAGAUUUAUAGCUCAAAUUUUCAGGAGAAAGUAUUUUUAUUGUUAACCUAUCUAGUGUAUAAUCGUAGAAGCAUAGUUAUCUCCAAGAGAAUAUAGAUAGAAGUAUAUGAUUGGUCAUUCUGAAACUAGCUAAUUGUACUAGCAUUUGGUGACAGCUAAAAACUAUGGGCUUCCUUUGUUUGAUCUUUAUAAAAACGGGUCAGGUAACUUAAAGUUUCUGUACGAAUUGACCUAUUUCUUAUUGAUCUCUAUUUUGUGAAAUAAAUUUAACUUCUAUUUCUUGCCUGGAAUCAAUUUUAUAAUAAUUAAAUUUUCUUACAUCAAUCACAUAGUAUAUAAUUCAUUCAAUACAAGUUCUAAAAAAAAUUGGACAAGUUAGGUCUUUUGUGUAAUAUUAGAAUACAAAAUUCUGUCUUGCUAUUUCCAUUUUUCUUUUUUAAUAUUAAGGAUAUUUUUCUUACCAAAAAUUAAAAAACCACCCAAAAAUAGGCAUUCGUGCCAAUGACCCACGCCACUUCCGCCCGGUCCAAAAUCAAAUGCCCUACAUUAUCUUAUCUUUGAAUAUCUAGAGUCUAGUCUCCUUCUCGCAUUCGCAA